UAAAAAGUCAAGAAAACUGACCGCAAUCGCUUGGUGUGAGCCAGUCUGUGAUUGGCUUUCCGAGAGCAAACAACGGCGAUGUUCAAAAAUGAAAUCACCGGACCACAGGCCGAAAAAAGAGAAGAAGAAAAUUUACACUAGUGCGAUUUAGAGAGCAGUAACAGUUUAGAAUGAGAGAGGCAGACGCAAGGAGAGGAAAACCGGGAUGGUCCGGCGGAUUCCGGCAGCGGAAAUGUUACACACUUGGGGGUGUGGAAAAUGUUCGAGUGCCGGCCGCCAGCAUCUUCGGGAGAGUUGUAACGGUCGCCAUCAUUGCUGCUGGAUUAUUCGCCGGAUGUGAGGCUGUUGCUAGCAAAGAUGGACUCGUUGACUUCAUCGAGCUGUUUGGAAUUCCUAGGCUACCCUCGGGCAUCACACCCACUUCAGGCAUGUGCAACGAGACCCGCAACGAGUACCAAACAUAUCCGGCGGCGGCCUACAACCUCAACCAGGAUACGGUGCUAAGCAUCGGAACGACCCAAGCCUUCCCGGCCGGCUUUCCUACGGACUUUUCUCUGCUGGUUGUGCUGAAGGCCACUCCCAACCUUGUCCGGGUACCGCUGUUUUCGGUGUACUCGUCCGACUCGGAGGAGGUCCUGAUGCUGAUGGUCGGCAUGGAAGUGGCGCUGUACUACCAAGAUACCGACGGUGAACCCGAGGAGGAGAGCUUGAUCAGCUUCGGCGUUGGUAUCGACGAUCAGCGGUGGCAUCGGUUGGGAAUCAGUGUUAAGGGAGAUUCUGUCACGUUGGUAUUGGACUGUAACACCCAGAUCACUAGACAACUGAAGAGGAAACCAUCUUCGACAAUUGCCGUCGAUGGAUUGAUUCUGACGGGAAUGCAGUUGAAUGAAGAUGAUGGUUUCUUUACGGGAGAUGUACAGCUGUUCAUGGUUGCGAAUACUCCCGAUGAAGCGUACCACAUCUGUACUAGGUAUGCGCCCAGUUGUGCUGGAUCAGUGGACUACGGAUCGGUGCAUAUUUCAUCCGGAGUUCAUAGCCAGUCGUUUCAAGCUGGUUCAGCAGCCAAUUCUUCGUCGUCUUCCCAGCGUCAAAGUGGCUACGAAAGUACCCGAGAUCAAGUGAACAGACAGGUGGUAUCAAGUUCAAGUUCUGCAACGGGUAGCCAAAGCUAUGGUCAUCGUGAGUUUGUUGAUUUGACAGGGGAAGCCGAUGGACUCGAAAGCAUUGGAGAAGAUGACGAAUAUUAUAACAAUCUAGAACUUGAGGGUGAAUCGAAACAACCCGAGCACCAAACCUACAGUACAAGUACUCAGCGGUCGUACGAAGAUCAGUACAGAGCCGAAUUCAACCGAACAACCUCUGAUGGCUAUGAUCAGUACGGAAGAAGACCAAUUUUGCCGUUGCCAGAUCCAGAGUAUGAUUCGUCAGCCACGAACAGGAGACAACCUGACGGUGAACAACCGUACGAAGACAUCGAACCAUUUCACGACCCAGGGUCUCCAGGCAGUGAUGAUUCUUCCGUUUCCUUCCCAAUAUUACCAUCGAAUAACCGAAGUAUCGGUGGUGUCCGAACCAUUGUCGGUCCUAGAGGUUUGCCUGGGGAACCAGGUCCAAAGGGAGACCCAGGUAGAGAUGGCUUAUCGGGACAAUCGGGUCCCCCAGGACCUCCGGGACACGUUUUCAUGAUCCCGCUGAGUCAAUCAACUAACGAAAAGGGUCCCGACACGCAGGCAGAAGCGUUCCGGCAGAUGCUGUCCCAGCAUAUGAUGGCGAUGCGUGGAACCGAUGGACCUAUGGGUUUGACUGGUGUUCCGGGACCUGUCGGGCCUCCUGGGCCAGAGGGAACGAAAGGUGAGCCGGGGGAUAUUGGCGAACCGGGACCUAGAGGGUUACGUGGGCCAGCAGGGUUGCCAGGAAGAGAGGGAAGACGCGGACGCGCUGGAAGAGACGGUGAACGUGGGCUUGCCGGAUUACAGGGUUUGAAGGGAGAACCGGGACCGAUUGGAUUACCGGGCAUUCCUGGCGAAAAAGGUGAACGCGGCCGAAUUGGACAUGCCGGCGAAAAAGGAGCCCAAGGUCACGAAGGAAUCCAGGGUGAAGAUGGCCCUCCGGGGUUGCCAGGUCUUCCGGGAGAGCUUGGACCACGAGGUUUCACUGGCGGGAGAGGAUUUCCAGGACCACCCGGGAACCCUGGCUUACCGGGCACUGAAGGCUUACCAGGAGUGAAGGGAAAUCCUGGCCCUCAGGGUCAGCCAGGAGCACCUGGGCAAACGGGCCCAACAGGACCGAUUGGCCCUCCAGGUCCUCAAGGAAACAUGGGUCCACCCGGAAUUCCCGGACCUCACGGAAAGCCUGGUUUACCCGGUUUGCCGGGGGCUGACGGAGCACCAGGCCGAGAGGGAAAUCCCGGAAUAGUGGGACCGAAAGGAGACCAAGGACCACAGGGCGUUCAAGGAUCGAUCGGUUUUCCCGGAAAUAGAGGUCCCAAAGGGGACGACGGAGAACGAGGAGCUCCGGGAGAUCGCGGAGAGAAAGGUGAACGUGGUCAUGACGGCGAAAAGGGUGACAUGGGACCGUCUGGCGAACGUGGAGCGAUAGGACCCCAAGGUAUAACGGGCAUCGAGGGUCCAGAGGGACCCAAGGGCUUUGAAGGACCUCGUGGGGAGCCUGGAGCGAUGGGUUUGUCCGGGGAGAAGGGCAAGCAAGGUGUUCAAGGGUUCACCGGAUAUCCUGGCCCGACCGGCGAUAAGGGAGACAAGGGUUCCGUUGGCAUUUCUGGAUUAACGGGCGAUAAAGGAGAAAGGGGCAAUACCGGACUACAAGGCGAACGCGGUGAAGUUGGACCGAGAGGUUUCCGAGGACCACGUGGUCGUAGAGGGGCGGACGGAACUCCCGGUUUCAAGGGUGAUACAGGUCAGCCAGGGGCACCAGGACCACAGGGAGAGAUCGGGCUCCAAGGACCAGAAGGACCACGUGGCUUCAUUGGGUUACCCGGUCCGCAAGGCAACAACGGGAAAGAUGGCCCACAGGGAACGCCUGGCGAGCGGGGACCUCCGGGUGAAAAUGGCAAUCCAGGACCAACGGGUGCCCCCGGUGUCAUUGGACCUCAGGGUCAAACCGGGGAACCAGGACCCGUUGGUGAACCAGGGAUACCGGGGUUACCAGGAAUGCCAGGUGAGCCGGGAGUUCCUGGUGAUACCGGCAAGGAAGGUCAAGUUGGACCUCCAGGUCCACCUGGUAAAAAUGGACCACCUGGAGCGCAAGGGUUGUCUGGUUUCCCGGGAGAGCGUGGAAUGAUGGGAAUGCCGGGUCUACCUGGCCUGAAAGGAGAAAUCGGAGUUCCGGGCAAUUCCGGGCCCGUCGGCGACAAAGGUCAACCUGGAGAACCCGGCAAAGAGGGACCUCCGGGACCAGAGGGUCGUCGCGGUCAAACGGGACCUCCAGGUUCUGUAGGCUUGAAAGGGGAGCGUGGUGAUAUGGGCUUGAUGGGACCUAUCGGAAGAGAUGGAUUGCCAGGGCAAAGAGGGUUAACGGGACCUCCCGGGCCCCAAGGUCCUCCAGGAGAAGACGGCGAUAAAGGAGACAUGGGCCCACCCGGUGAAAAGGGCUUCAAAGGUGCGCAGGGCGAGGCAGGUCCAACUGGGUCGCCAGGAUCACAGGGAAGUCGCGGAGAACCUGGAGCUGCCGGUCCACCCGGCGAAAAGGGGCCUCCAGGAGAAAUGGGUCGUGCCGGCGGAAAGGGUGAGGACGGCCCAACGGGAUUACCGGGACCUCCUGGUGCUUCGGGCCCCCAAGGAAUGCCUGGUCCGCCCGGGAUGAAAGGUGGUCGCGGAGAUGAUGGACCAAUCGGGCCGGCAGGCCCCAUUGGUUUACCAGGGGAACCAGGUAGAAGAGGACCUCGUGGCGCAGAAGGAGGACCAGGAGCGACAGGUCCUGCGGGACCACAAGGUUUAGCUGGUGAACCUGGUGCACAGGGCCCCCCGGGGCCACAAGGUCCCGAAGGGAAGGAAGGUGAAAAGGGAUCUAUUGGACCAAAAGGUGAGGAAGGUAAGAGUGGACCACCUGGACCUCCCGGAAAGCGUGGCCCAGCUGGCGCAGAAGGACCAAAAGGAGUGGCUGGUGCGCAAGGUUUCCCUGGUAAUCCGGGUGAACCGGGCGUGGUUGGCCCUAAAGGAGACACCGGAAAGGAUGGCGAAGACGGAAAACAGGGUGAACCUGGGCUGUCUGGAGAACCUGGACCUGUGGGAUUGCCUGGAGAGAUGGGGUCACCGGGAAAAAUGGGUCCAGAAGGUCCUGCCGGCAGCCAAGGGACCCCUGGGCUACCAGGAGAAAAGGGAGACCGUGGGUUGCCAGGGCCAGCUGGUAACAUUGGCAUAACUGGACCCCAGGGCAUGCCCGGACCGCAAGGUUUAACCGGUUUGAGGGGAUCGCCAGGAGCUUCGGGCGAGAUUGGACCAACGGGCAAAUCUGGCGAAACAGGACCUGCGGGUAAGAUUGGCGAGACUGGGGCUAAGGGACAGAAAGGUGACCGUGGUAAGCGUGGACCCAAGGGUCACCGUGGUGAGCUUGGAAUGGUUGGCUUGAAGGGCGACAUGGGCGAGAAAGGUGACAAGGGAAGUCGAGGUAAUCAAGGUAUAGAUGGUCCAAAGGGUCCUCCGGGUCCUGUUGGGCCUUUGGGUUUGAAGGGCAAUGACGGUCCUCAAGGCACGCCCGGUGGUGAUGGUCCAUUGGGGCCGAAAGGUUCUGAGGGCGUUGCUGGAAUGCGAGGUGAUCCAGGACCUCCAGGAUUACCUGGUCCGCCUGGUCCUCCAGCUGAGGCUCCACUUAUUCCUCCGGAGUUGCUGUUCCGCAUGAGUGAGUUCUCCAUCACAAAGGGAGAAGAUCGAAUGAAGCGAGAGGCUGAGGACAUUCCGGAAGAGGAGGAUGACUUUGACGAAGAACUGCUCAAGAUUGAGCCCAAGAAAAAGAAGAAGAAAAAGAAGAUCAAGGAUGACUUGGGACCCAAAUUCCUGGACAUGUACAGCUCGAUCUACUCGAUGCGCCAAGAGCUGGACCGGAUCCGAAAGCCAGUGGGCACGAGAGAAAACCCGGGACGUACCUGCCGUGAUCUGCACUAUGGCCAUCCCCAGUUCAAGGAUGGUUGGUACUGGAUCGACCCGAACCUCGGUAUGGCGGACGACGCCGUGUACGUGUUCUGCAACAUGACGGCCGAGGGUGAAACGUGCGUCUUCCCGGAUUUGCACAGCUCCCAGAUGCCGAACAUCCCGUGGCGAAAGGAGAACGACAAGACCGAUUGGUACUCGAACCUCCGGGGUGGAUUCAGGAUAUCGUACGAAACCGUUGGAGUGGUUCAGAUGACCUUCCUGCGGAUCCUUUCGCAAGGUGCGUACCAGAACUUCACCUACACGUGCAUGAACAGUGUGGCCUGGUUCAGCACGGAGGAAAACAACUACGACAAUGCGAUACGAUUCCUGGGCGACAACGAAAUCGACUUGGGCUACGAAAACUCCAAACUACGUCCGGGCGUGCUGAUGGAUGGCUGCAAAACGGGAAAAAGCAAGAGUGAAACGAUCUUCGAAAUUCGAACUGCCAAGCUGCAGUACCUGCCGAUAAUUGACUUUUAUCCGGUGGACUACGGGCAGCCCCAGCAAGCAUUCGGUUUCCAGGUGGGACCAGUUUGCUUCAAAUGACGAAAACGAGCUACGAGUGUAUGGACUUUGAAAGCCAGGAAAACGAUUUGAAAUAACGCGAUAUUCCAAUGUUAGACAUGAGAGUAUUCCUAAUGAGAAGUAGCUUAAGUUAAUAGUAAAAUAUAAUUUAAGAAACACACACACAUUUUAGAACUGUAAGGGGGACCAAACUAUACUUAAGUUGCAUAAGUUAAACAUAAACUACAAUGGACUGAAUAACAUCCUAAGUCAGGUGGGGAACCUACCUCUAACUUAGUUGUAAGAAAUGUCAAAGUACACACACACAAAAACACUUUGAAUAUCACUGCCAAAACCGUUGAUUUGUAAAUUGUUGAAUUAAAAAAAUAAAUAAAAUAAACAGCA